UCAGGGGGCGGGGCUGCCAGGGCAAUGGCGGCGUUGGUGGCCCUCAGCUUGCGGCUGGAGCGCGCGGCGGUGGCGGUUCCCGUUCGAACAGGUUGGCGGUUGAUCUCGGCCUCGGCUGAAGCCUCGCUUGCGCCGGACACGGGAGAGAACGAGACGGUCUCGCCGCGAUUUGUGAACCGCAACCCCCGGAACCUGGAGCGCCUGGCGCUGGCGAGGAAGGACAACGGCUGGCAGAGCACCUGGCCGAGGCGCAGCCACUGGCACCGGUUGCGUUUCAGGAAGAGCCAGAAUCACGUCACAGCCUGUGUGGAGGCAGCAAGCAGUCAGGGCGAGGUGGUCAUCUCAGCUUCGACCCAAGAGUGGUCCAUCAAGAGGCACCUAUACAGCACCCGGGACGUCACUGCAGCCGAGACUGUGGGUCGUGUGCUAGCUCAGCGCUGCCUUGAGGCCGGGAUCGGCUACCUCCAAUUCCGGGCUAUCCCUUGGGAAUACCGGGCAGAGUCGGUCCAGCGAUUCCGCUGUGCGCUAAAAGACAGUGGGCUGAUCCUCAGCGAACCACGGAGAGUGUACCAGUCGACGCAUGGGAAUUUGGGAACGAAGGUGAGAUGGGGCAAAGGCAUCGCAACAAGUUCCUUUCGAUUUCUAAAUAAAGCAAAAGAUUCUGUCUGA